UCUUGCUAGGGAAAAUCGUAUGGAACAAGUGCUGAGAACAUCGUUUCUUGGUACCAGACCUCGUGUCUUCGCUACCCCGGGUGAUCGCUUUUCUGCAGAGACGACCGAAAACCGAAAUUAUAAUUAUAACAAGAAUGGCCGAAAGGCGGUUUUAACUGGGCUGCUAAGGGGCGACUUUUUCUGAGGGGAAGGGGUGGUUGUACACACUCAUGCCACCAUAAAGCCUUGUCGCCGACCAUUGCGUGACGUAUAGGGCGUUUUCCAUUUACCAAAAUCUUUGAGAAACCUCCAUGGAGAGGUCCAUCGAGUGAAGAACGUGUUCCAUUUUCUUUCAUGCUCUCAUCAUCAAAAUUCAAGAUGGUGACACAGAUAUCGCCGCGAAUAGCCUGGAACUGGUGAAAACUCUUAAAUGGAACGUGCAAUUUCCCCCGGAAAGUAUCGAACGGGUAACCGGACUAUAUUUUCAAAAUCCCACUUAUUCCCGGGAAUUUUUCAUUGCAACACACGGAAAACGUGUGUUCCAUUAACAUCCCAACCGGAAUUUCUUGGUAAAUGAAAGGCGCUUAGAAUCUCUUGUGAAAGUGAAACAUAAACUCAUUUGAACAUUGUACCCUUUUAGAAGACGUUGUAACAAGAAAAAUGAGUACCUGGUCGGGGCUGUAUAGUAGUAACUUUUCAAAUUCCACCAUUAUGAAUAAAAACUUGUAAUAGUUGACACUACAGCUGCCCCGCUCUGUAUAUUGUCGGUCAAUAGUAUUCUUGCUCGUUGUGUAGCUCUUUGAGAUAUACCGAUUCAUAAUGAAGAUUUUCACCCAUAUUCUAUACAAUGGGUGAGAUAAAUACAGGAAGCGAAAGGUUUCAUGCACGGAUUCAGUUCGAUUUACACAGCUUUGAUCAAAACAUUCUCCGUUUCGGGAUGUAGUUAUUCUAGACCAUAAGAAAAGAUUUAAUUAGAGGUUGGAAUUGUAAUAUAUUCUCACCCGGAACACCCUCACACAAAGCCAAAUAAGCCUAAAGGCCCAAGAUAUGGGAGAAUCGGGCCGAGGUUUUGUGAGUCGGUGAACCAGGAGGGAAUGCGGGUCGAGAGAUAUAUUUUUGGAGGAUACACCAGUGUAUCAUGGGAUAAGUGAGCGAGCGACGCCAGUCGUAGAAGAUUAACAAUUUAAUGUUAUUUCACCACAACACACGUACAAUAAGUAAAUCCAUCGAGCGUAAUUUUUUUUCGUAUUCUUGCAAUUCUUCUGUUCAGUUUUAGUGAGAAAUUUGGCUAUUUCGUCUUCCUCAAGUAGUUUAAGACCUGGGACUAAAGGGUUUACUUGCGUAAAAUGACUUAUUAUUCCAUAGAAACCAAGGCAAAAAGUUGGGUAACAAAACGAUAUAAAAUAGAUAGGAAAUGGAAAGAAAGAAGACGAGAAAGAAAGAUCGAAAUAGAUGUUGCAAAAACCGUCCAAAUUUUUUCUUAAGCGCAUGCGCAAAAACCAAAAAUAAAACUUAACUCGGGGGAAAAUAUGCAAAGGGUUAAAGGGGCGCUAAUUCGAGGAAGGCGGAGGGUGUUUUUUUGAAGGGGGCGCUUAUUCAAGCGGUGUCGGUUACUAAAGGAGGUAAAGCAUUCCAUGUUCUUGUUAGAGUAUAGUGAACAGUAUGAAGUUCAUAUAGAAUGUUUAGCCUCGUAGCAUUACGGCAAAUGAUCGAACAGAGAGAGAAUCGGAUUAAUUCUAAAGUAAAAAUUUAAGUGCUGCAAAUAACCCUUAGACCCUACUGAGCGAUAGACUCAGCAAAGGGAAUUAGGGGACCAUACGGGGCAGGCAAGGAAAGGAAUCUUUUAAAAUCGGUGGGAUUCGAACCCACGACCUCUGGACUAGAUGAGGCCUGAGGAAGCAAGUCGUCGGUAAUCGCGGCGAGGAAAGAGUGUGCGGGGAACGUAGAAUGUUGUCCCGCAUAGCAAUAGUAACAAAUGAUGGAAUAAAGACCCUCUUUCUUCGCCGCAGUAACUGUCUACGAGCCUUUUUCUUGUAUAUCUGCUUACCUUAAAAAGGAACAUUAUAUGGAUCGGAUGGAUGGCUUUGCUGUGAGUACUACGACAAUGUUGCUACUAGCACUUACUUCGUUUCUUUUCUUUCUCAGGUGACUAUGCCACUUAUCGAUACGAUUCAAAAGCGUUUCUGUUUUCACUGGUGAACAAGCCAGGAUGGGCACCUGUCAAAUUGCCUCAAACAGGGUAUUAUGCUUAUUACAAACGUUCCAUACGCUCUGACAAUUACUAUGGGCCUAUAUUCGGAGGUGGAUAUGACAUUUACAUUUCCAACUACGCGUCGUCCAAUAGCGAUUCUUACAGCAACCUUGGCGAUACUUACAGCCCACCGAGAGGGUACAGCUCCAGCACCUUCGCCCAAACAUUCCUGGCAGGAACUCACAAGUUUACACCAGACGAAAUAGAAGCUUUUUACGAAACAACCAAAAUGCAGUGA